CAGCAUGGCGAUCGCCGGUCCGCUGUGUCCGAGGAUCACGGAAAGAGCCGAAGAUGUCAGCUCGGUCAUGUGAUCAGCUGUGUCCAAUCACAGCUGAUCACAUGGGACAUGUACACUGAUCAUCAGGGCACUGAUGAUCAGUGUGCCCUGAUGAUCAGUGUGGCCCCAGAAGUGCCACAUGUCAGUGUCCAUCAGUGCCAGCAGUCAGUGCUCAUCAGUGCCAGUGCCCAUCAGUGCCACAUCAAUGCCACAUAUCAGUGCCCAUCUGAGCUGCCUUUCAAUGCACCCAGCAGUGCCAGUCAGUGCCACCUAUCAAUGCCAAUCAGUGCCACCUAUCAGUGCUGCCAAUCAGUGCCACCUACCAGUGCCAGUCAGUGUUGCCUAUCAGUGCGCGUCAGC